AACCGUAAACUUUAGGAUGCAAAAUUCGAACUGGUUUUUAGAAGAGAUGACAGUGUCUUAUUACUUGACUCUACUUGUUGUAACCUGCUUGUUGUGUAGGCUCAGUGCUGGCUAUCCUUUCUCAGGAGAGGACAAGCACUUCGAUAAGGUAACUGUUGACAUAAAAGAUGUCACUAACACCACUGCUCUCAUGGAGUGGGUGGUUCCACAUGAUCAAGGACAAGUUGACAGUUACACUGUCUCUUGUACUACUUCAGAAUCUCAGCCUCUGGAAUUCCCUGCUUCUAAUGAAGCCAAGCAGAUGGCUCUCACUGACUUGAUACCCAAUACUGACUAUUCGUGUUCUCUAUUGGCCAAUGACAAGACAAGAUGGAAAAACAUCCUGGACCCGAUCCACUUCACCACCCUCAAUACUACCAAAGGCUCAGUUGCCAAGUCAUCAGUGACCACUAAAAAUAGGACCCUACUCUUGCUGAGUAUUCUACUGCCAAUCUUUCUGCUAACAGUCUGCAUAGGAGGCUGUGUCCUUACCAUACUGGAAGUGAAGAAGAAGAAAAUUGAUGAGAACAAAAAACCUAUGAGUUAUAAGUCUGUGAGUUAUAGAGGACAAGGGUCCAAUCCAGACACACUAAAGAAGGAUUACAAGAAGCUUUGGCAAGACAUGCGCACCAAGUAUAAGCGACCAGAACUACAGACUCCCUCAAACACAAAAUCCAACAAUCAAGUUCUGUUUGAUAAGAGCCCCGAACCAAAUUCCCACCACAACCCAGUGCUACAAGACAACGAAGCUGAGGCUGAGAUACUGAUAUCACCUCUGAUGCCAUUAACUCUUUUAGAUCUCUCUACUUCUCUGUUGCCUAGUAUGCAAACACAGUUGAUAGAAGACUACUCCAAGCUGGACCACAACAUGACACUGGACAAUGUACAGCUCCCGUUCCCACCUCCUAGUGAGGAUGACAUUAUCGUCUAGUACAUUCAAGAAAUCACAUUAAAAUCACAUUUGUUGCAUAUCAUUAUUAUUUUUAUG